AUGAGGCGAAUUCCAACUGUACUUUGGCAGGCUACUCCUUCACUUCUGGCAGCUGUUGUGACGCCAGACAUUUUAUCACCUUUUAACACAGACCCCGCCACUCGGACCCAGUCGAAAUCACACUCGACUCGACUUGCUCAACUACUCAUCUUCCCCUCCACAUGCUGCACACCCGCCCCCGCCAAGUGCUGCCCACCUCUCUCUGGCCAAUUUCCCCAGCUUCGUAUGACAAAUGUAUGCCAAACAGACCAAUCUGCCUUUUCGUGUUCUACAGUCAGUCCGUCCGUCAGUCGACUUUGGUCAUUUGCAGACAGCCCCAAACGGCUUACAGUUGCCCCGCAAGAGCACACCCUUUUUUUCCCCUUUCUCCCCUCCACCCCACCUCCCCGUCCACACCCUAGGGCCCGUCUGGUGCCACAACUCGCCCAAGCACACGAUAUCAACCCGAGCCCCGGUCGACCCUCCCGCUGCCGCGACCUCUGCUGGCCCGGCCUCGAGUCCCGCAUG